AUGGUUCCUCCCUUCAAUGUCCCGCAUUGCUCCUCCCUUCAAUGUCCCGCAUUGCUCCUCCCUUCAAUGUCCUCAUUGCUCCUCCUUUCCCUUGCUGCUGCUGUCCCGGCCAACCCUCCGCUGCACUGCUCCAAUCUCUUUCAAGACACAUUCGAAUCAGUUCUGAGCCAACUCAAAACCCCCUCUUUUUCCCCUCCAGCUCCCACCGUCCACCCUCUGCCCUUCCGCACAUACUCGCUGCUACUGUGCCUCUGCAACAUCUUUCCGUCUCUCCUUCCCCUUGUCCCCUGCUUCCCUCUACCCCAUUUUCUCUCCCCUGCCCUCUCUGCGCACCCCUGGUCCCUCCCUCCUCCCUAUCCCCCUCUCCUCCCCUUCCUUCCCUCCCCUUCCGACUCCCCUUCCCCCCUCGUCUUCCCCUCCUCCCUCUCCCCCCCUCCUCCCUUCCCCCCCUCCUCCCGUCCCCUCCUCCUCCCUUCCCCGCCUCCUCCCUUCCCCCCCUCCUCCCUUCCCCCGCGAUCUGAGCUCAAACUCUAA